GUUCAUUCUCGCUCAUUCACAAGCCCCUUGUCGAGGAUAGAACGAGACUUUCAUGAGAGGAUUCUGUGUCAAGUUACAUGUGUCUAUUGCUGAUAAACCGUCUCUGUGGAAAAUUGAGUCGUCGAUCAGAACAUUCGUUCUUCUCUUUUCCUUUAUUCACAAGCGUGUCAAUCGUGUGUAUGGGCACGAGUUCCUCCCAAGAAAUGCCUCCACCAGUGGUAGUUCCGCCUGGCUCUGCUCCGCAUAGAGGAACACUAAUAUUUCUACAUGGUCUAGGCGAUACUGGAAAUAGCUGGGCAGAGAAUUUCCGCAUGCUAAAACUUCCCAACAUCAAAUGUAUAUGCCCGACAGCAGCUAUAGCACCUGUAUCUUUAAAUGGAGGUUUCCCUAUGACAUCAUGGUUUGAUAUAUAUGGUCUCUCAGCUGACAGUGCAGAAGAUGAGGAAGGCAUUAAGAAAGCCAGUAAUAUCAUUAAGUCUCUAAUUGAGGAGGAGGAGAAGGCAGGCAUCCCGUCCAAUCAGAUCGUGAUCGGGGGCUUUUCUCAAGGAGGAGCAGUGGCUCUCCACACCGCAUUCAACCUCGGCAAGCCACUAGGGGGCGUCCUGGCCCUCAGCACUUGGAUGCCUCUUCAUAAAAAGUUCAUGAAGCUGAUGGAGAAACCUGAGAGGCCAGCACCAUUCCCAAUUCUGCAAUGUCAUGGUACCCAGGACCCUCUGGUGGCCUUGACAUGGGGGGAGGCCACGCGAGAUCUCAUCAAAAUAGUCAACCCUCAACUCAUGUUUAAAACAUACCCCAUGGGACACAGCUCCUGCUCUCAGGAAAUGGUAGAUGUACAGGAAUUUUUGAAAACAACUUUACUGCCGACAGGAGCAAGUAAAUAGCAAGGGAGACAACUCUUGUGAAACUAACUUCUACCAAUAGAUUCCAUGUACAUAACCUACUGUCCUCAGCGUACCAUCACAGCUAAGCCAGACCUGUGCUGAGAUAUUAACAGUAUCUUCUCUGUUGUCAAUUGUCAAGUUUCAUGGGUUGUGAAUCAAAACUGACCAUGAACUCAAGUGUUUGUAAACUGAAAAUUAUUCACGUUGGAUCAAAGUUUAGUUUUUUGUGUGUUUUCUUUUUAAGAAAGGAUCAAAUAGGUUAUAACAUCCACAUCCGUGUCAUGUUUGAUAUGCACUAGUCCAGUGUGGGAUAACAUGCUGUAGCCCUGUGUGGGAGGUUAUCACAGUCACUCCAUGCUGGUGUGCCCGAGUCUUGUAACAGUUAUGUUCGACCAUUGUAUAAUGCUUAUUCAGCUACGCAACAUGUAAAACAAACACAUAUGACAGUUUUGAUCUCUUAUGAGAUUGACUUUCUGGUAUGAAUCCUCUCGAAAAUUAUUACCAUUUAUUAUUAAUAUUUGUGACCUGCAAGGAGAAAUGGGACCUCAGGGUGCUAUGUUACAAUUGUGCUGUGACGUCAAAAAGAAAGACGUUUGACGCCAAUUUUUUUCCAUAUAAAUGUGUUCGGACUACAAAAAUAUCUUAUUCUCUCGUUAGUUUGUAAUGUAAUAAAAACGUUAUUUCAAAACAUUUCAGCAUACAUGUCUACUUUCAAUUAAUCAGACAUUCUUUCUAAAAACUGUAAUCAUCACAUACAUCUGAGGAGGAGACUUUGCAGAAAAGGGGCGGUCGGGUAGCCUAGUGGUUAAAGCUUUCGCGUGUCACGCCGAAGACCCGGGUUCUAUUCCCGACAUGGGUACAAUGUGUGAAGCCCAUUUGUGGUGUCCCCCGCCGUGAUAUUGCUGGAAUAUUGCUAAAAGUGGCGUAAAACCAUACUCACUCACUCACUCACUCACUUUGCAGAAAAUUUAUCCAAAUGUUUUAUGCCGUGUAUCUCAAAUUUCGAAUUUGUACCGACCAAGUUUCUCAUCACCCUUUUCGUUUACCGGAUUUCGCUGGGGGGGGGUAGAUCUACGGUGUAAUUUUUUUCUGCGUUUGACGUUCGAAUUGUUUUUUCCAAAAUACUGAAUCCGCUAGUGGGGGGUGCGCAUUAUACAUGGGUGCGCACUAUACUCAAGAAAAUACUGUAAUAUAUAUGAAUUGAAGGUUAUGAAUUGUAUUUUUGUGGUCCUAGGAUACUGUAGUUUUAAAAUAUAAGUCAAAAUGUGAUUUUAUCACCCAAAAGGUCCCUAAUCUCAUGGUUUGUCACAUUUAUCAUGCAAUGAAUCAUUUCCUUUGCACAGCAUAAGCAGUGGUUAAGUCAUUUGAGUGCUCAUAAAAGGUCUGAAUUUGUAACAGCAAAUGGUCUUUAAAAAUGACCAAUGACUUGUCAGUGUUUGAAUCCAUCUCAAUGAUGAGACUUCUGUUGUGAUGUUAGAGGGUUAAACUGUUUCGUUCCAUGCUGCCAUGGGGUGUGUGUGUUUCUAUUGACUGCAAUAUUUCCUUAUCCGAGUGCUAUUUUUUUUUAAUUUGGAGUUUACUUAGGAUUUGUUUUGUGUGUGGUUGAUGGUGUAGGUGGACGCCAGCAUCCUCGUCCGAGAUCAGCAUUUACGCUGUAUUUAGGAGAUAUCUGUACAGAUUGUUUGUAAAGUUUAAAUCAUGUACAUUGUUUCAUUUCGCAACUCAUGCAGAUUGUCUAUAAGUAAUGUGGUUUAUGCAAGUUUCAAUGGUGUAAUAGUUAAUGCAAAAAAACAGUUUGUUCUAUCUGUUGAGGUAUUGUUUGUCACAAUGAGACUAGCUAGGGUCGAUAUUUAAAGCAUUACAAUGUCACAAAUGACACUUAGUAGUUGCCAUGAAUUCGGGACAACAUUCCCAUUGUUAAAGUCUUUGACAUCGAGAACAUGUGUUACUUUUUAUUUAUAAGGAACAUCUUGUGUAUGAUAAUAUUUUUUUUAUUUGGUGUAAUGUGUCGUAUGGCGUGCAUACUCAAUGCAAGCAGUAGAGCCGUUUUACAAAGAUGUGUUAACCAUGCUUUAUGUGCUGUACGGCAGAUCACGAUGUUCAGGUGUACAUUUUGAAAUGAUAGGAAGUCCAACCUGAUUAUUAUACUUUCUUUUCAAAUGAGCUUUAUAAAUUAUUUUUUAAGAAUCUUUUAAAUCAACCAAAUUAGCUGUGGUACUUAUUGUGUUCAUCAUGUCUUCAUACACAAUGACAUGCAUUUCUUACUGAUGUCCUUUUAUUACAGCCAUUUUCCACGGAAACUUUGCCAAAGCUUUGACUGCAUUUCAUCAUGUUUGAAAUUAACGUAACGAAGCUUGGCGAUGUCUGGUUAGAACUGAUUCAGUGGUGUGUGUAAGCAGUGCACAUGCCUUGUCCUCUGUGGGUAGCAACGCCUAGGCUAGGUCCAUAGGGCUGCUGUGUAAGCAGUGUAAUGCCUUGUUCUCUGUGGGUAGCAACGCCUAGGCUAGGUCCAUAGGGCUGCUGUGUAAGCAGUGUGCAUGCCUUGUCCUCUGUGGGUAGCAACGCCUAGGCUAGGUCCAUAGGGCUGCUGUGUAAGCAGUGUAAUGCCUUGUUCUCUGUGGGUAGCAGCGCCUAGGCUAGGUCCAUAGGGCUGCUGUGUAAGCAGUGCACAUGCCUUGUCCUCUGUGGGUAGCAGCGCCUAGGCUAGGUCCAUAGGGCUGCUGUGUAAGCAGUGUAAUGCCUUGUUCUCUGUGGGUAGCAGCGCCUAGGCUAGGUCCAUAGGGCUGCUGUGUAAGCAGUGCACAUGCCUUGUCCUCUGUGGGUAGCAAUGCCUAGGCUAGGUCCAUAGGGCUGCUGUGUAAGCAGUGUAAUGCCUUGUCCUCUGUUGGUAGCAACGCCUGGGCUAGGUCCAUAGGGCUGCUGUGUAAGCAGUGUAAUGCCUUGUUCUCUGUGGGUAGCAACGCCUAGGCUAGGUCCAUAGGGCUGCUGUAUCAUUACUGUUGUGGGGCGGUCGGGUAGCCUAGUGGUUAAAGCGUUCGCUCGUCACGCUGAAGACCCGGGUUCGAUUCCCGACAUCGGUACAAUGUGUGAAGCCCAUUUCUGAUGUCCCCCGCCGUGAUAUUGCUGGAAUAUUGCUAAAAGCGGCGGAAAACCACACUCACUCACUCAUUACUGUUGUAGCCGUCAGUCAAGCAAAGCUAGCUGUUGUAGCAACAACCUCAGUUAACAAACAUUCAGUCUGUAUGUCUCUUGAAAAUUAUUAAAUAUGUUUCUCUAUUGAUUUCAUGAUGCUUAUCCCUGUAUCACUGUUAAAAACCGGCGAUAGGUUUUCCAACUUCAAAUCUUGUCAUUUUAACUGUUAGAUGUGAAUGUCAUAGGUACCGGUACACAUCUUUAUCAGUCUGCACAGUUCGUGCACGUCAUGAAUAUCAUGCUAAUAUACUCACCGACAAAAGAAACAUGAAUACCAUACAUGUUGGUUAAUGUAUGAAGAACUACUCAUAUUCAAGAGAUGACUGUUCGAUGCACAAACGAACAUACUGGUAUGUUGUGUGAACCAACGCUCAUGAACGCAUCACAUGUGAUGUCAUAGAUUCAUUCGUCUCAUGGAGGCUUUGUGUAAAGUUGGAAUUCACGUGCAGCAUAUCGUGAUAAGAAUAAGGACACUGUGGUAACACUUAACUGAUUUUUAGUUUUGUAGUUAAUUGGUACACAUUGGAAACAUCUCUUCAACGUACAUACUUCUCUAUGUUCCUAUGGCACACAUUUCUUUUGGUGGGGAGUAUAUUUAAGAUUUAAAAGUGUUGACUGAGUUAAGAUUGUCCAUCAAAGCAUUGUCUAUCUGGAUUCACCUUGUAGCAGAUGUGCAAUAAUUGUGCUUGUUUACUGAUUGAUACAAUGUUGUAACCCCUGAUGUGUAUACUGGUAGUGGGAUGGAAGGUGUCGUGAAAGCAAUGUGCUGUCUGGCCACAUGGUGAUGGAACGUAUCUCUCACAUCAUGUGUCAGCAAGCUUGUCAAGUGUUGACUUGUAUGAAUCUUGAACCGCAUUGUACUUGAAGCUUCUUGAAUAUUGGAUGAGUAUUGACUUUGUUUUGUGUGUAUUGGAUGUGUAUGUUGGCAUACUCAGUAGCAUUAAGAUUCAUGACAUAGACGUAUCAAACAUGAUAUCCUCCUCCAAACAUGACAGCAAGCAUGUGCUAACACACCCACCGAAAAGGUUUAAAUUGAACAAAUUUUGACCACCAUCCUGAAAUUCUGAAGUGGAAUCAAGUGUUUCUUGUGAAGUGGGCUUGCCUCUUAGUCUGUCCGAGGUUUUUUGUACCUUCCUGACGGGGAACAUUUCAUCAGCACACUACUGUAGGGGGACUGUAUAUUCAAGUGGUAUUGUUUAUCAUUCCAUUCGUGACGGUUGGCACAAAGGCUGCAUGACGUCACCUUAUUAUCCCCUUGUACCCAGACACUGUCAAUUGAACUGGUUAAGAAACUAUUUACACGAAUCAGUCCCUUUUCUUCCUCCUGUAUUGUUGAUAUUGUUAAGGAAUAAAAGUUGAAAUCAG